AUGGGGCAACAAUUAACAACACCUUUAAGCCUGACUCUAGGACACUGGAAGGAGGUUCGAGAGAUUGCCUGCAGUUUGUCGAUGGAAGUCCGCAAAAAGGAGUGGGUGGCGCUUUGCACCUCCGAGUGGCCCACUUUCGGUGUCGGGUGGCAGAAGGACGGAACCUUUAACCUCGAUUUAAUUUUGCAGGUUAAAGACCAAGUCUGCCGUAAGGGUGGAGGGGGACGUCCAGAACAAGUACCAUAUGUCACGGUGUGGGAGGACUUGACCCGGAAGCCCCCGCUUUGGGUUAAGCCUUUCCUCGCACAUGGAGACACCAAAGAUUGCCAACAGAAAGAUAAGGAGGAAGUUGAUGAGGGUCCCAGACCCCCCCCCAUUUCCCUCCUCAACUCCCCUAAUCCCCGCUCCAGCAGAGACCCCAGUGCAGGGUCCCCCACCAACCUCCGAUCUCUAUCCCCUAAAAGAACUCCAACCACUAAAAACCGCAUGUCCACCCGUCCUUUCGGGUGGACAGGAGGACCUCCUCCUUUUGGAUCCCCCGCUGCCUUACAACCGUCCGGCAUUGAGGGAGGUGCCUCCCUCUGCCCCGUCCCCGGACUCUACAGUCCAAGAAUCAGAGGAACCACAACCCCCUUCCCUACAAGACCCCUCACCGCCAAGUACCCACCUGCAUCUUCGCCAAGAGCGGAGGGAAAUCUCUACAAUUGGAAGACCCACAACCCCCCAUUUUCGCAGGACCCUCAGGCCCUCACGGGCCUGAUUGAGUCGAUUCUGUUAACCCACCAACCCACUUGGGAUGACUGUCAGCAGCUUUUACAGGCCCUCCUGACCACGGAAGAGCGGCAGCAGGUUUUCACAGAAGCCCGCAAAAAUGUGCCGGGGGAUCACGACCGCCCCACUCAGCUACCUAAUGAGAUUGAUGAGGUGUUCCCGCUGACUCGACCAAAUUGGGACUUCAAUACGGCAGCAGAUAGGGACCAGGGAGACAAACGGAGGCCGAGAGUGGAGCGAGACCAGUGCACCUACUGUAAAGAAAGAGGACAUUGGGCCAGGGACUGUCCGAACAAGGGACGGCCAAGACCCCAGCAGAGAACCGCUCCGGUCCUGUCAUUGGAAGACGACGAAUAGGUAGGUCAGGGCCAGGAGCCUCCCCCUGAGCCCCGGGUAACCCUGAAAGUGGGAGGCUGACCAGUCACCUUUCUGGUCGACACAGGAGCCCAGCAUUCAGUUCUUACCACCGCUAGGGGCCCUCUCAGUUCCAAGACAUCAUGGGUCCAGGGGGCCACUGGAGGAAAACUGUACAAAUGGACUACUGAGCGUAAGGUCGACCUAGCAACAGGGCGGGUCACGCAUUCGUUCCUACUAGUACCAGACUGCCCAUACCCCCUGCUGGGAAGGGAUCUGCUCUCAAAGGUUGGGGCCCAGAUCCAUUUCCAAGACAAGGGAGCCACAGUAGUCGGCCCCGCAGGCCAACCCCUCCAUGUGUUGACCCUCUGGCUGGAAAACGAACACCGCCUUCACGAGUGCCCCCUAUCAGCUCAGCCCCAAGUAGCAUCUGAAUGGCUUACUAAAUUCCCUCAGUCUUGGGCGGAGAAGGUAGGAGUAGGGCUUGCUAUCAGACAGCCCCUGGUGAUAGUAAACCUGAAGCCCACGGCCACUCCCGUAUCUAUCCGCCAAUACCCUAUGGCUACGGAGGCAAAGGUCGGAAUUCGGCCACACAUACAGAGACUAAUAAAACUGGGCAUAUUGAGACCUUGUCAGUCACCUUGGAAUACCCCUUUGUUACCAGUCAAAAGGCCUGGCUCCAAUGAUUACAGGCCAGUGCAAGACCUACGGGAAGUAAACCGUAGGGCUGAGGACAUUCACCCCACGGUCCCUAACCCGUACAACCUGCUGAGCACCCUGCCCCCCACCCGAACUUGGUAUACGGUGCUUGACUUGAAAGAUGCCUUCUUUUGCUUAAGACUGAGUCCCCAGAGUCAACCUCUCUUUGCCUUCGAGUGGAAAGACCCGGAGACUGGGUUUUCGGGACAACUAACAUGGACCAGGCUUCCCCAAGGGUUCAAGAACUCCCCUACGCUGUUUGAUGAAGCCCUACACCAGGACUUGGUGGAUUUCUGGGUAAGCCACCCAGAGUUGACUCUCCUACAGUACGUGGAUGACCUAUUGUUAGCUGCAGAGACUGAGCAGGGUUGCACCAAAGGUACGGAGGCCCUACUCCGUAGGCUGGGAGAGCUAGGAUACAGGGCUUCCGCGAAGAAGGCCCAACUUUGCACCCAACGCGUGACCUACCUGGGCUACGUAUUGGAGGGGGGUCGGAGGUGGCUGACUGAGGAACGUAAAAAGGCCGUAGCGCUCAUCCCGCCACCUAAAAAUGCUCGCCACCUCAGGGAGUUCUUGGGCAGCGCCGGUUUCUGCCACCUCUGGAUACCGGGUUUUGCGGAGAUGGCAGCGUCCCUGUACCCCCUAACCAGGACAAAUUCCCCGUUCAUCUGGGGAAGGGAACAACAAUUGGCUUUUGACAGAAUAAAACGAGCCCUCUUGGAGGCCCCUGCAUUAAGCCUCCCAGACCCCGCUAAGCCCUUUACCCUCUAUGUGGAUGAGAAAGGGGGAAUGGCAAAGGGUGUCUUAACUCAGAAUUUGGGGCCCUGGAAAAGACCUGUGGCGUAUUUUUCAAAGAAACUGGACAGUGUCGCCUCGGGGUGGCCCCCUUGCCUCCGCAUGAUUGCGGCUGUGGCCGUCUUGGUGAAAGACUUGGACAAAUUGACUCUGGGGCAACCACUCACCAUAGUGGCGCCCCAUGCCAUCGAGGCCGAUCGCCAACUGCCAGACAGAUGGCUCUCGAACGCCAGGAUCACCCACUACCAGGCCAUGCUGCUCAACCCUGAACGGGUCUGGUAUGGGACUGCUGCCUCGCUCAAACCGGCCACCCUGCUUCCUGAGCCGGGGUCUGAAUCACAAGUCAACCACGACUGCCACCAAGUGUUAGCCGAAGUGCAUGGGACCCGAGAGGACCUGACCGAUCUUCCCCUGUCAAACGCAGUCACCUGGUAUACGGACGGGAGCAGCUUCUUGCACCAAGGUGAGAGAAAGGCAGGGGCUGCGGUGGUUGAUAGGGAAACUGUCACAUGGGCCUCUGCUCUGCCCCCAGGGACUUCGGCACAGAAGGCUGAACUUGUGGCCCUCACCCAAGCACUUUGUGCCGCUAAGAAUCGGAGGGUAAACAUUUAUACCGACAGCCGUUAUGCCUUUGCCACUGCGCAUAUACACGGGGAAAUAUAUCAGAGGAGAGGGUUGCUAACCUCAGGGGGCAAGGACAUUAAAAAUAAGCAGGAGAUCCUAGACCUCCUACAAGCCCUCCACCUUCCAAAGAAAGUGAGCAUCAUCCACUGGCCAGGUCAUCAGAAAGGAGAUGACGCAGUGGCCAAGGGGAAUAGAAUGGCGGAUGAGGUAGCUACAACAAGGGCCCUGGACAGCAUCACUCUAGUAACGCAGUCAUCUGAAACCUCAAAUAACCCUGGGUGGUCAUAUUCAGAGCAAGAUAUCCAGGGGAAAACAGUAUUGCCAAGAAAGGAAGCCAAGGACCUCAUAAAAGGCCUCCAUAGAUGGACCCACUUGGGACAUAAAAAGUUAAAAGCCCUACUGGACAGAGAGGAACUAACCUACUUCAUAAUAGGACUGGACUCACAAGUAAAACAAGCGGCAGAAUCCUGCGUGCCUUGUGCAAAAGUAAAUCCAAAGUGUAUUAAAGUACCAGAGGGAGCAAGGAUGCGAGGGGCACGCCCGGGAACAAACUGGGAGGUGGAUUUUACCGAGAUCCAUCCCAGUAGGUAUGGACUUAAGUAUCUCCUAGUAUUUGUAGACACUUUUUCCGGCUGGACAGAGGCUUUUCUGGUAAAAAAGGAAACAGUGCAGGUGGUGGUGAAGAAAAUCCUGGAAGAAAUCUUUCCGCGAUUUGGCCUGCCUAAGGUACUGGGAUCCGAUACCCAGGUAAGUCAGUUGUUGGCCAAAGUACUGGGGAUUGAUUGGAAAUUGCAUUGCACGUACGGACCCCAGAACUCAGGACAGGUAGAGCGCAUGAAUAGAACAAUUAAGGAGACCUUAACCAAAUUAAUGAUGGAGACUGGCACUAGAGAUUGGGUCAGUUUGCUACCGAUGGCCUUAUUCCGGGCCCGCAACACUCCCUCCGCGUUCGGGUUGACUCCGUAUGAAAUACUGUACAGAGGCCCUCCCCCAAUAGCUGACUUGUUGGGACCCAGCAUUGACUCUUAUGCCACUUCCCCUAGUUUGCAGGCCCGACUGAGAGCUUUGCAGCUGAUUCAGAGGCACGUGUGGAAAUCUCUAGCAGCAGUAUACCAAUCCAAGUGCCCCACAGUGCCACACCCUUUCCAGAUCAGAGAUUUAGUUUAUGUCCGCAGACAUCAGUCCAGGACCCUCGAACCCCGUUGAAAGGGACCCUACACUGUGCUGCUGACGACACCCACUACGGUGAAAGUCGACGGAAUUGCUGCUUGGGUUCACGCUUCUCACGUCAAGAGGGCACCGCCGGAGGGAGGUGGCCCCACGGACGACUCAGCCAAAUGGAAACUCCAGUGCACUCAAAACCCCCUCAAGAUAAGACUUUUGAAAGCUGCCUAA